CUUUCAAUCAGGAGGACGACUCUGGAUCCAUGGGAGUUUCGAAGAGUAAAACUGUAGUCACAAACUUGGUCGACAUUACCUUAGUAGACGAAGGCGACGCUGCAGGAUCGUCAGACAUGGCGAUUGCUGAAAACGGACUGCAACCGCUUGGCCAAGACCUUCCCCGGUCACAGAGCAUCGAUGGACGUAGCGACUCUGUAUCGGUGGACGGAGAACGCAAGUUGUCGCGGGGCCGAGCACUGUUUACCAAAAACUUCACUCAAUUGAAACAAAAUCUUGUGAAAACGAACGUGAACAUGCGCAAUUUCUUUAGUGGCGGCUCCUCUUCAUCGACCGCGAAGCAAGCAACUGCGGAGGAUCAACCUGCAUCAGGAGCAGAAGGCACUCUUGGAGAACAAACUCCGUUUGAUGGUCAUGUCGGACCAAAUGCAGGAGGCGCAACGGCAAUGAGUGAUAACAACCAAAAUUUUUCUGGCCUGG